ACGAAGCAGCCCUCAUGACGUCAGCAGCCGGCCAGCCCCUGGAUUGGGACACGUGACGCCGACUGGGUUUAUUACUUUGUUGCUGAUCUCGAGUGGCGGGUGAAGAUUGCAUUCGGCCGAGUGAUGGGGAGUAAUACCACGCUGAAAGAAUGGGUUGCAGGCAUUUCGCUGGCGGUUGGAGCUGCUGCUGUUGGUUAUGUGGCGUACAGAACUUUAUAUGCAAGAGACAAAGGCUGCAAGUCAUUGGUUAACCUAGACAUCCAGAAGGAUACGCCUAAAGUAGUUCAUGCAUUUGAUAUUGAAGAUCUGGGAGACAAGGCUGUGUAUUGUAGAUGCUGGCGAUCUAAACAAUUCCCAAUGUGUGAUGGUUCUCACACUAAACACAAUGAAGAAACAGGAGACAAUGUAGGACCUUUGAUAAUCAAAAGAAGAGAAGUCUGAUUCAAGGAUGAUUUUAAAAUUUGCAAAUGUGCUUUAAUGCACAUGUUAAUUGCUGCACACCACCCUGCUGGUCUAAAAUGAAAUAGAUGUAUACUGUGUGGUGCAGGCUUUAAUUUUCCGCACUGUAUGACUUUGGAAACACUAAUGUUGGGUAACGUCAUUGAAGGUGUUCUUUAAAAUGUCGGUGUUUGGUAAUUCCUUUCUGUGUAUGUAAAGUAACAUAUUGAAGUGAUGCAAUGUGAAAUAAAUUUCUUCAGAUUGUAGUUUUAAAAAAACUUAUUUUGAUCAAUUUAUCAAGAUCAAAUGAAUAAAAGAUUAGAAGUUGUUUGAAAUCUGACUAUUCAAGCUUCAGUCAAAUAAUAUUUUCCCUCAGUUGGAUAUGAAGAUACAAAUUCUUUUUCUUCAAGGUUCCAAACUUUUCCAUUUACUUUCAUUUUGGGGUAUGGGGAAGCAUGGGAAAGAAGGGGACUGGAAAAGACUUUGCUGUGCAGCAGGCCUGUUCCAGAAAAAGAAGUUUUCAUUCAUACAGUGGCCAUCAUAUUGCUGUCAAGAAGUAUUAUGAACUGCGGUCACUGCUGCAAUGUGGGAAAUGAGGCAGACAAUAUCUACCCAAGUUCCUGAAGAGAGUAAUGUAAUUAUCUACACGAGAAAGUCAGCAGUUGCUGGAAAUCCAAAGCAAUACACACGUAAUGUUGGAGGAAUUCAAAAGGUCAGGCAGCAUUUAUGGAAAGGAGUAAACAGUUGACGUUUCGGGCCAUGACCCUUCUUCAGGACUGAUCAGGAGGGGGAAGAUGCCAGAAUAAAAAGGUGGGAGGAGGGGAAAGAGGCUAGCUGGAAGAUGAAAGGUGUGACCUUCCACCGUUCAGCUAGUCUCUUUCUUCUUACCCCCCCGGCCACCUUUUUAUUCUGAAAUCCCUUCUUUCUCAGUCCUGAUAAAUGGUCUCGGCCGGAAAAGUUGACUGUUUACUCAUUUCCACAGAUGCUGCUUGACCUGCUGAGUUCCUCCAGUGUUUUGAAUAUAAUCAUCUGUUCUGACUUUGAAGAAAUAUGAGCCUUGCACACAAGAGUGACUAUCUUGCUCUUCAGAAUUGUAUUAAGGUCUUAAAUGUCAAAGCUGAAAAGGAGAUUUGGUCUUAGAUGAAAUGUGAAUUGAAAGAUUGCACUGCCAACAAUGCAACACUCCCUUUAGUACUGCAUUGGAAUGUCAGCAUAACCAUUUUUUAAACUGAAGACUGGGACUUGUAU